CCCCGCCUCCCUCAUUCCUGACUGGACCAAAGACACGCAGACAAACCCUGGAGGGUCUUGCUCGCACUUUCUUCAUCAUUCAUAUUACAUCCCUUUAUCGCUUGAUUUAUCCACCACCAGCUCAGCGGAUUGCAUAUCUCUUUAACUUUCCUUUGACAUAACUUUUUUGAGUAAGUCAGGCGGAGGAAACAUCUGCAGCCGAAAACGCGCUACAAUGGAGGCGGUGCUGUUUGUAGCAUUCAUUUCCUGGAUGACCCCUGCUCUGGUAGCAGCAGCAGACGGUGACAAAUACGAUGACAGCGCUUUUCAAUACGAUUAUGAAUCGCUGAGGAUUGGUGGCCUAGUUUUUGCUGCCGUGCUGUUCCUCCUGGGCGUCGCCCUCAUCGUCAGCAGGAAAUGUGCGUGUUCCAAGAGUGGCAAGUCUAGGUCCCGGGAUCCUAAUGCAGAAUCAGGUGUCCCAAGAGAAGCAAUAUUUCCAGAACAAAGGGACUUUGAAUAUGAUGAAGACACGUUGAGGACUACAGGAAUGGUCCUCGCUAUCAUCAUGUUUGUUUCUGGCAUUUUGAUAGCCUUAAGUAAAAAAUGCACAAAAUGUGUCAAAUCCUCCCCCAAGUCAGCUGAUACCCAAAUUCCAAAGACAGAGGUGCCUCCUCCAGCUGUGUAGAACUUUAUGCUUAUGUGUAAAACCAAGACCAGCAAAUAUGCAACAUGCAAGUAUGUUUUGGCUGUUAAACCCCCGCUGGAUGAUUCCUACAAAUAAUACGUGAAGCUUGAUACGUCGCAUCUACUCUGUGGAAUGCAUUUAAAGCAACUAUAUGCAACAGUUUGUCGUAGAAAAUAACACCAAAUGGGUGCUACUUUUCUUUAUUUAUCUCUUUUUCUUUCAUUAAUUCUACAUAUUUUACAUCAUGGUGUUGCACACUUUAAUCAACAUUCAGCUUUUUCAAGCUUAGCAUUUAUUUUUCAUAAAUAAAAAAGGUGGCAAUAUAAUUGUCAAGCUUUUUUUUAUCAAGUUUUAAAAACAAUUGUUUAUUUUGCACUAAUGAUCUGUUGGGAAAAAAGCACUGUUUAAGCAUGAAAAGAUAUGAAGAAACUUCAAUAAAAUGGUUCUGAUUAUGCA